AUGGAUGACCUUCUGGGUGAGAUAGAUGACAUGUUUCCUGAAAGGAGGUUCUGCAUCAUAAACUCCACUAGAAUCCUUCUUCUGGGCUCUGAACACAGUAAAAGCUCAGCAAAUGUUUCUCAAUAUACUGCUAAGGAGCUGAGACCCACAGGAAAGGUCUAUGUUGUGUAUAACAGAUAUAACAAGACUAUCAAAUCUCAAAGGAGCUGCAGGAAGGGGAAAAAGACACUUUCAAAGAAGACAUGGUGCCCAGAGAAGAAAAUGCAGAGUAUGAACAGAGUGCUGAGGAAAAGUCAGUUGGAUGUGCCUGAACUAAACAAGGCUCUGGGGCAGCUAGUCUGGUCCCAGUUUACUCAGUGCUUUCAUAGAUUUAAGCCAGGGCUGGUAGCCUGCUUUGAACCCGAGGUGAAAGCAUUCUUGUGGCUUUUCACUACAUACUCCAAAAAUGCCACUGUGGGUCAGUCAGUUUUGAAUAUUCAGUACAAAAAUGAUUUUUCCCCGAACCUGAAAUAUCAGCCACCGAGUAAGAAUCAAAAGCUCUGGUAUGCCGUUUGUACCGUUGGUGGGAGGUGGUUGGAAGAAAGAGGCUACGGUUUGUUUCAAAACCACCAUUUGGCAUCCUUUGGGAAAGUCAAGCAGUGCAUGAAUUUUGUGGUUCGACUUUUGAAAUUAGGUGAGUUGAUUAAUUUUUUGAUUUUCCUUCAAAGAGGAAAGUUUGCAACUUUGACAGAAUGUCUCCGGCAUUCUGUAUUUUGCAAGCCCCAAAACCUACGUGAGGCUGGUUUUGAGUAUAUGAACAGGGAACUUCUCUGGCAUGGUUUUGCUGAGUUCCUGAUUUUUCUCUUACCACUUAUCAAUAUCCAGAAGCUGAAAGCCAAGUUAGCAUCAUGGUGUAUCCCCCUAACUGGUGUUCCUACUAAUGAUAGUUCAUUAGCUAUCAAUGGCAAAGAACGUUCUCUAUGUGGGGAGUGGCCCACCAUGCCGCACACCAUAGGAUGUGUUAAAAGUAGUUUCCUGUUUGACAUGUAUGUUACUUGUCCUAAGUGUGGCACAGAGGUACACAAUCUGCAGCCACUCAAAUCAGGAAUUGAAAUGUCUGAAGUGAAUGCUCUUUAGAAAUUAAAAUCGCUUCCUCUGAGGAAGAAUGUGUUAUGUUCAAUUUGUUAAUAUUAGUCAUCCUAAGUAUCCUAUUUAGGUGUCUUUUAUGAGGCGUGUGCUUCUCAGUCACUGUCUUCUGUUCCUUUCCAGACAUGACAAAAUACUAAUCACUGGAAAUCACAAGAUUCUAAAUAUAUUAAGUAAAUGUCAGUGUGUUAUUUAAAAAAAAAAAA